AUGCCAACGCCUACUUCUUCGUUUAUGGCAACCCGAGGGCUGACUCCCCAGUCCCGGGCCAUGCCAGCACCUCCGAUGCCCACUGCUUCCACCAGAGGAGGAACGGCCACAAGGCCUAGUGCUGCCGCCUUUAAUGAGGCAUCCACUCCCCGUCUCCAAGCCUUCCGCUGCUUUGAACGCACUCGGCACCGCCUCCGCUGGCAGCUCAUCGGCCUCAGUGAUUCGUAUCGUCGGGCUUUAGCAUCAGCUGAAUCUGGUUUCACCUUGCAGGAUGCAGAGUUUAAUUUUAAGCUGGAUUUCCAUGGAUUUUAUGCAUCGAUUGAACAAGCUAUUGUCAGUUUGCUGCACAUUUUCAAGGUCUCCCUGCCAAGUCAACCACUUAGGUCAAACAGAAAGAUGGAUCAGUUGUCCAGCAUCUUGAAAGCCCUUGAUCGUCAUUGCUCGCUACGUGCGACACUGGGAACAGGAGAUACGAGUCGGGCGUUGUGGACUGCCUACGAACUGGGAAAUAAGUGGAAGAAUCCGGAGGAUGUAGAAGGAAUUCCGUCACUGAGGAUGUAUAACUUGCCAUGGAUUGUGGCGGGCAUAAUGACGGGAGUAGAAGCUGCUUACAUGGCUGCGGUGAAGGAGGUGGAGAUUCCCAUGGGAAAGCAGCGCGAGGCUGGACAAACAGAUUGUGUGGUAGACUCUGGAGCAGACCCUAUGGAUUGGGAACCAACUGGACCCUGCAUUGUGGUCUCGCUAGGGUCCUUAAUGAAUGGGCGAUAA